AAUGGGCGAGGACAUGGUGAGGGACGGCUGUCCCCACAGCCACCAAACACCAGAACGAGGUAUGGCUGGAACACCUUUUCGCGCCACCUACAUCUGGACCAGCAUCAUUUCCAACCUCCAGUUUCAAGUGGAGGUGAAGCACAGGCGCCACGCCCUCAAGUUGUACCAUGACUGCUUCCUGGGGUCAGAGGCUGUGGAUGUGGUGUUGACCUACAUCACUGUGAAUCGUUUCUUUGGCGAUGUGGCGGUGCCUCGCUACAAGGCCGUUCGCCUUUGUCAGACGCUCAUGGACUCCAAGGUGUUCGAGCCGGUGGGUCUUAAAGUAUUUGGGAAGGAAAAGAAGAAGCCCAGGUUUGAGGACAGCAGCUGCAGUUUGUACAGGUUCUUGAGUCCAGAGAUGCCCUCCUCAUUUGCAACUGACAUUCGUUCACAAACCCCUGGUACCACAGAAGGCAGCUAUGGCUCACCGAGCACCAACCAGAACAAGAACGACUAUACUCAGUCAUGUGAAAGAGAAGAGAUACCAACUUAUUCCACCCACUCCCCGGUGAAAAAAGACAAAUUACUGGAGGACGUGUUAGAAAACCUCGACCUCAGCUCCACCACCACUCCUCAAAUGACCCGCCUCGGCCUCUCUCAGGAAUGUGUGCAUGAAGUGUGGCACCAGCAGGUUGUGUCCAGGCUGCUGCAGCUCAUAGAGCUCCCACUGCUGGAGGACUCGCUAGAAGGCGAGGUCAGGUCCAGGCCUCUCCUGCAUGCCACCGACAAUGAUCCGGACCUGUUGUAUAUGUCAAGUUACCUGGACAGGGAGGUUCUGAAAGCCUUUAGUGAAGCACAGGCGGAUGAGUGGAUGUCGGGGGCGGUGGACUGUCUUGAGUUCCUGCCUGAUGAGCAGGUGGUGGAGGUCAGUCGUGGUUUGGCUGGCUGUCCAGACGACCCGCAGCAGUGUAAGAAAUUACUCUAUCAGGUCCUAGUGAAGCAUUACGGACAGACGCAACGACCACCUCUGCUCAGCAACUACUUUUUUGACGUCUACUCCGGCAUCUCGGAGCUCCUAGUGAAUGGGAAGCUGGAGCAGGCUGCAGAGGCGCUGCAGCUGAGUCUGAGGCUGCAGGACUCUCGCAGCAGAGAGGAGCUCCGAAGGCUCCUGAGAUUCAUGGCAACUGCAGCCAAACCACAGGAAGUGAAGCUGCACAAAGAGAUUGAAAAUAGAAUGGCAGUAAAAAGGGCUUUCUCCAGAGCCAUCAUCUACAGCAGAAGGCUUCCCAAAGGAAAGCUGGACUUGACGGUUCUGUUCAUGAUGGAUCACCACAUUGAUCUGUUCAAAAUCCCAGCCUUAUUGCACCAGCUGGUCAGUGAACGGAUUCGGAAUAUUGUGAACGGGAAAGAUCCAGAUGUGAUAACAGGUGUAACGUACAGCUCAAGAGUAAGUGCUCAGGUAUACGCUGGAAACGAGCAGAACAUCACGAAGGAGGAGGUUCUGUCGUUGCUGCAGACGGUUCACGAGAGCCCCAAACUCUCCACCAAAGAGAAGAAACAACUGCUAGGACGGUUUGCUAAAGCUCACCCGGACAUUUUUGUCCAGUACUUUGGAAAAAAACUGUCUUUGGUCAACAUGUUGCUACAAUAAUUUUUAUUAGUGAGAUGAAAUGUGUAAUAUAAUUUAAAAACAAAGUUUAUG